CCACCGCCCGAAAUCCUGACCUUUUCUGACGUACCGAGCGACCUUAGCCAACUCGACCCUCUUGAACCACACCACCGGCAUCUUGACAGUUCUCCAGAUAGCAACCACUCCGUAGUGUUGCCCCCCGUCCGUCCAACUUCCGGCCACAAGUCGCGCAGACCUUCCCCUGGCCUGGCGGCGCGUCUUAAAGCUCUAGGCUUUGGCGGAACCACAAGACAAUCCUCCGCUCCCACAAUCUACACCAACGACCGCAUCGGCCGCCUGCCCGAAGACCAGUUACGUUCCAUUGACGAAAAGCACCAAGCCAACAGCCUGCAGGAGACCGUUGAACGGCGCGGUCGCGCUUGGAAGGGUGCUGGCGCCCCUCUGCAAUUGCUGAGGUCCAGGUCCAGUCGCAGCAGUCUAAGAUCGCGGGGGCGAGUGGAAGACGAUAUCUUGGAGGUGGAAGAGAACACUGCCUACUCGGGAAGCCCGAGCUCGCUCAGAAAGCCCGGGCCUGAGCUUCAUCUUCCUGAGAUCCCCCCUGUGCCGCCCCUGGAAAUGGACACAAACAAGUACCGACUUCCCGACCACACAAACGGCAAUGGCACCAAGGCCUUAUCAGACACACGCCGGGAGCAUAUAGAGCGCGACACACGGAGCCUGAGCCUGAGCCUGCAAGACCAGGAGAACCUAACGCCGCCGCCACCUUUGCCAAAAGACACGCCGCCUGGGGGCACUGCUUCCAACGAGUUCAAUCCCGAUGCCGAGUCCUACUUCAACCCUCUGGGGUUACAACGGCCUGGUUCCAUCUACACAAUCUCGAGGCUCUCCUUCGCGAAUCAACUCGCUCAGUUGACUGCCCUCCAACUGCCGGAUGCUGGGACACUGUCUGGCAAGAUCUCUGCAAUACCGACUGCUCAAUCUGCCGCAAAAGCUCUGAUAAACGCAGCCGAGCAAAUACGCAUGUGGAUCUACAAGGCAACAGAGGUUAUUGGAGGUCUGGACAGCGAUGGCGACAUUGAAUGGGCCGCCGCUGGUGGUAGGGAAGGUUAUGAGGAGGUCGAGAAUCUUGUCGCGCGAUUCGAACAACUCAUCAAUGUUUAUGUUGGCGCUAUAGAGGAGCUUCAGGGCCGCAAUGACAUUGCCAGCGUAACAAGCGAUGACCUACAACGUGCAGUCACUCAGAUGGAGUCCAUCCUGGCCGAAUGGGCAAAGAUCCGCCAGGCAUUGAAAGUCGCAAAGGCUCAGAUUGAGAUUGCCAUGGAGUGGGAAGAACUGUGGAAUAGUGUGCUCGGCGAGGUUCAGAAUGAAAUGGACGAUCUCUGCAGACUCGUGUUCGAGAUGGAAGAACGAAGGCACAAAUCACUGAUGGCUGUUGCGAACGGAGAUGGAGUCGACAUUGGUGAUCUAGAAACGAUCGUGGAAGAAACGCCGCCUAUCGAUGCACGCAACAACCGCAUGAGCAUGCCAGCUUUUCCUCUGAGUCCAGUGUCUCCGGCUGGGGCUGGCCCUGUUUUGACCCAUGAUGACUCGAGUCUGUUAGCAUUGUUCGCGAGGAUGCAGCCGCUCAAGGCCUCAUUAGAUUUCCUACCAAUGCGACUCUCCAUGUUUGAGGCCAGGGCCGAGCCGGUGUUCCCCUCAGCUUGUGAGGAGCUGGUGGACAGGCGAACGUCCCUUGAGGAGAGCUACAAGAAACUCGAAAAGGAUGCGGAGUCGUUGAGGAAAGAGCUUGGUGAGGACAAGUGGGUAUUGGUCUUCCGUGGUGCCGGCCGCCAGGCACAAAAGAUGACGGAAUCCGUCGAGCGCAGCGUAAGCAAAUUACGUGAGGCUGUUGAUUCAGGAAUGCACCUCACCAACCCAGCUGCGUUGAUCAAGAAGAUUGAGAGUUACGAAGCAAAGAAGACACACUACGGACCUGCCAUAGAGCGGGUACUCUCAAUCAUCGACAAGGGGGUCAAGGAUCGACUCACUGUGAAUGGCGAGAUCCUCAGAUUGCAUACCGAGACGCAGUCUAACUGGGACCACGUAAAACGACAAAUGCGAGACCUCGACUUAGCGUUGGAGGAGGUGCAGGCAGACAAGAGAGGCCAAACCCUACGAGAUUCCAUCUCCAGCAUGCUCUCGAACGACAGAUCUACAGUUGCCAGCGGCCAUGAAACACCAGGUAGCUCGCCUCCUUCGUCUGUUAUCAUGUCAAGUCUAGGGCUGGACCCCGUCACCCCGCUGGCCAAGAAGCCCCGGUCUGCCAGCGGCGGCAGUCACCUACCUCAGCCCUCCUCUUCUCGACGCACUCUGGCGCCCCCUGGGUCUCAGAUCGCACGAAAGCCACUGGGCCCGCGGGUUUCAACUCUGUCAAGUCCUUCGAACGCUUCAACGCUGGCGCGUAAUACCAUCACGCCUGUUGGCAACCACAUACCUCGGUCAACAUCGAGCUUGGCAGACAACCGCCCCCGUUGGAAUCACUCUGUCAACACUGUUCAUAGCGACACGGGGCAUAAUUUCAAACCCUUGAGCUUGACCACACCUAGCCCAUAUGCCAAGAGAAGCCCAACUCCAUCGUCACUGACGCCCAACUCACAGGCCUCUAAGCUGCCCGUUCUGCGAAGUCCACUCAGCCGCGCAGGCACCACAUCACCGAUGCCGGAAGAAACGCCUUCAAGGCUCAGCGCCUCUCGACUGUCAUUCCGUGAUCGUGUCUCAUCGCCCGUGCCGUACGCGCAACAUGCCUUGGCUAAACCAAAGCUGGCAUCUCAGGCAUCCAUGUCUGCGUUGAAUAUCAACAGCCGCCGGACUUCCCUACAACCGCCGAGAAGCCAAGCCCAGGAUCCGGCUAGGCGGCCUGCUAGUUCUAUGACCACUUCGAGGCGGACGAGCAUGUUGCCACAACCUAAGGGAAAGGCCGACACAGUCACAGGACGCCAUAGCCCCCAAGCACUAGCCGGGGCACGUACAGCUAUGCGCACAAUGAGCAGAGGUUCUUCAGAUGACAACAAGCCGCGAUGGCGA